CUGUCCAUUCCCCCGUCGUGUGACCAUUGUGCAAGUUUGACAGCACAUCCAAGCAUCCACCUGCGCUUGUUUACAUUUUCCGCGUACCGACUUUCUAUUCCUUCUGCUUCUGCAGUAGAAGCAGCAGAUCAAAUUUGCCUGGAUAGUAAUUUUCCUGUUCCCAUACAUCACUAUUCCCUUAGUCGCGACAGUCGUCGGUAUGUUAAACGAAUUGACCUAGUGGCAAGCGUGCAUAAUCGUAUUGGAAUAAAAUAAUGCAUCGGAUGAAAGUGCCAGAAUCAGUUUCCGAUUUGUUUUUGUGAUAAAAAUGAUUCCUGAAUUGCGAUCCCAUACGUGAUCCUCUCCAUGUAUCGUGUGUCAAUUUUGGAGAUAGCGUAAUCUCACGCGAAUAGGAAAGAGUUAUGCGAAUGUCAAGGCUUACAAUAAUUGUUCUUCGCUUUGGAAGAGGAAGGCCGAAUAACAGUGUAAACCUCAAUUUGGGUCGAAUUAUCCAAUAAUAUAAAUGUGUCGUCCUGCGUAGCAACAGCAUCAGUGGCAGCGAGAAAAGGGUGAAAUCAGAGCGGCAGCGCAAAUCAAUUAUUCCACACUGCAAGAAAGUGUCUCGUGACAAAAGAGUCCGAAGAGGAAUAUAAAAAAAACAGUGGAAAUUGUGAGUUUCGGAGUGAAAAUUGCGAUUCUGGAUUUGUUUCAUGUGAGAUGAGAGAUUGCGAAUUGCCUACGUUCCUGAUGGGAUGCUGAUGGUCUGAAAACAUCCAACUAUAACAGGACUAUUUGCGCUUCGCAGUUAAUCGGGUGCGGCGAGUUGGGUAAAUCUCCUUCAACGAACAACAACUACCGACUAGCAUUUUUAUAAAUGGACCCAUGGCUUCGUGGAAUCGUGUACACGCUCUCAAGGGAGCGCUGGUGGCUGGAUUCCUGCUGAUACUGCUCAAUCUACUGGGCUCGCGGUGGGAUUCGAUGUCGACGGGAUUACCUCGAGUGGGCAUAGCUCAAUGGCCAAAACGCACAAGAACCAGUCUGGAACGACUCCUCCAACCACACGCACCUAAUAAAAACCAGAACAACGACAGCAGCCACCACCACCAGCAAGCAACCGUGCCCAAUGAUGAAGUCAGCGGUAAUAAUAAUCGAACGUUGGCCGGGACUAGCGGUCUCAGCCCACGAGCAGAAACAAUCAACAGCCAACAGGAAUCGAACAGUCUCGGAAAGACGAAACUCCUCAACGGUAACCUGACUAAUUCUCCCAAGCCGCAGAACCCAUCACAACCAAACGAUGUGGUGAGUUCGGCUGUUCCCGUACUGAUCGUAGCAUCGAACAAUGUUAACUCCUCGCUGACGGCAUCGAUAAGCGGCAGCGUUACGAUUAACCCUAGCAGUACUAGCAAAAAUUCCACUAGCUUAAGCGACAACAAUAAGAUUCUCAUAGACGAUAUAAGUAGUAAUAGGAGUGAAGCGGCCAGCGAUAACAGUAGAAAAAUUGUUCCUGAAGCGCUGCAGCGGCAACGGUUUAACGAAUCUUUGAAUUACGUGCAGACUGAAGAUAACACGGGUAUUAUCGGCAAAUUGAUGCGGAAGUUGGGACAGGAAAGCUGCCCUCCCAUACCGCCUAAUUUAGAUGGACCAAUUGAGGUGAGCGUCGCUUUCGAAUCACUAGCAGCGGUGGAGCAGCAAUUGGCGUCCAAAUUGCAACCCGGGGGCCAGUACACUCCACGUGAAUGUAUCGCCCGGGAUCGUGUUGCAAUCAUCGUUCCCUAUCGGGAUCGCGAGCAGCAUUUACCAGUGUUCUUGAAAAAUAUUCAUCCAUUCCUGAUGAAGCAACAGGUGGAGUACGGAGUUUACAUCGUCGAGCAGGCGGCCGGUUCACAAUUCAAUCGAGCUGCGCUGAUGAAUGUCGGUUUUGUGGAAGCAAUGAAGCAGAAAAACUGGGAUUGCCUGGUAUUUCACGACGUUGAUUUACUGCCAAUGGACGAUCGCAAUCUGUAUACCUGUCCGGAUCAGCCGAGACAUAUGUCGGUUGCGGUCGACACGUUUGGCUUCAAGCUUCCCUACAGCACAAUUUUUGGCGGCGUGUCCGCAAUGACCGUGAAACAAUUCCGCACGGUCAAUGGGUUUUCCAACUCGUUCUGGGGUUGGGGUGGCGAGGACGAUGAUAUGUCGAACAGACUCAAACACGUCGGGUUUCACAUCGCACGCUAUCCAAUCAAUAUCGCACGCUACACCAUGCUGUCCCACAAAAAGGAGAAGGCAAACCCGAAAAGGUACGAGAAACUCGUUACCGGUUCGAAACGAUUUGACAGUGAUGGAUUGAACUCGCUGCACUACAAUCUGGUUAAUUUGAUUCCUAAGUCGCUGUUUACCUGGGUCCACGUGGAAAUAUCACCCGAUAGCAGCUGAUGACAAUCGUUCCUAGCGGAUUGGUUCGGAUGAAACAACUGGAAAACGACUGAUUCGUGAAUAAAAUACGCCACGAAUCAACACUAAAGCACAACAAUAUUUCGUCGUAGCCGAGGUAAGUGGACGAAUGAUGCAGGGGUUUUCGAAUGUGGAUAGAAUCACAACAGAUCUCGAUCUCCCUCAGCAGCAGCUAUCCCAGUAAUCUCAAAACAACAAACAAACCAAUGGGAAAAGAUGUUUUAUCAUCUUACUUUAGUGAGCUAGGAAUAUUGGUAGGGUGUCUCGUUGAAUUGUACAUUUUUGUAUGUUUUGUUGUUGGUCAUAUUUUUCGUGUUAGGUAAGCAAAAGUUAUGUAAAAAGAGAGGGACAUAAUUUGAAAGUGAGAUUCUUGGGACUAUGUUACUUAAUUAAGGGAAUGAUGCUAAACGAUGGGGAACAUUUUUCCCGUAAGUCUUUUUCAAAGUGCAAAUUCGUCAAAAAAAACAACAAAGCUGUUAAGUUUAGGAAAAACACUAUCAAUUUUUAGAUUUACUAAUCAAGGUCCUAAUCAGGAACGCCUGCGGGCGCAUAUUUAGUGGAUACACAGAAGAAAAAAAGCACAAAGCUCCGUAGUGCAAAUUUUGCUUUACGUUCGUGUUAUAAACACACAGUCAAAAUUUGAGGGGUUAGACCAAUUUAGGCAAGCAUGUAUAUAUCUAUUGUUAAAAUUUGUUUCUAGAAGGGCACAACUACUUUCGGUUCCGUCCUGCCUUAAAGUUUUAGUGUUGCGACGCAGAUGUUCUGAUGCAGACCAAUCUACAAACUUUGGACAUGGGACAAGGACAUGGUUUUAGACGCGUUUCGAAUCAAAUUAACGCUAAUCACAAGUAUUACCAAAUACGUGGGGAAUAUGAAUUAACAAAUAAUCAGUGUAAAUAGCCAACAGACGUUCUCGAACGAGAGAGAAGAAAAAGAUAAGUUUAGCAAUCGGUGAUAGGUUUUCCCCAUUUUAGUGAUAAAUUAUGAUUAUAAAUUCCAUUGACAUGUGAACGAUAACAGUGAAGAUCAUAGAUCAUAUGCACAAAGAUUCAACCAUAAAUAAUUAAAACAAAGUUAAAAGUUAUUUAACGUACUUUUGCUCCAUUUCCUCAUAUCGUUUUCGAAAAAAAAACUACAUCCUCAUAAGUUUGUAGAAAAGGUUACUUUUUCAAUGGUGUUGUUGCGAUGUUUACCUAUCUUCUCCGGAACAUCUUUUUAAAUCAUAUCAGACAUUGAACAGGAAUCAAAAUUAAAUUUAUGGAGACAAGUUCUGAUUUCGACUGGUUCGAUUUCUUGGUAACAAAGGAAUGAUAAAACACAAAAGAAAGAUUGCAUCAUACGAUUUUCCCGAAGGUAGAUAGUUUGUUUUUCUGUUCGUAGUCUAAGUGUAGACCCGAGAUACAAGGGGCGCACAGAUGCAGUCGACAUGACGCACCAAAAACAUCUCAAAAUCAAGACAAGUCCUGCUAAAUUAGGGCAGAUGAUAUUCCUAAUUUGGUAUCUAUCGACGAAGUGAAACCGAUAUUCAUCGGGUUUUUGGCGAUCUUGGCAUGUUGCAACCCGAAUCUAGCAGCGAUUUCGUCAAUGUAGCUCUCCAAGCAAAUGCUGUAUUUCUCGUUCAGUCGUUGGAUCUCCAUACCUAGGAAGAAGCUAGGCUCUCACUCAAUGCUUCGAUCACUCGAUCGACCUCCAAAGAAUCCUAGCAAGCGACAAAUAUGUCAUCGACAUAUACGAGCAGAUAGACUUUCGAUCCACCGACGAUCUUGGUGUAGAGGCAUUAAUCCGUUCCAUUUUGCUUAAAUCACAAGCUUUGCAGCACGCCAUGUAAAUGCUGGUUGGCUGAUUGUACAAGCCUGUAGAUGCUAUGGCAUAGUCUGCACACGAGUCACUCGCUCUCCAUCUCGACGAAGCCAUCUUAACAUCUAGGUGUCGAAGAGUCAGUUUACUUUGAGACGCCACUCCACCUCAUCAGGUCUAUUCAACGCCUUUUGAAAGCUCUGUGGUUCAUCAUCCGCCGCCUGGACGUAGCAGAGCUCCUCUGGUAGUCAACGUGGCGGAAUCUCUCCGUCAAUCGUCUAAAAAAUCCUUGAAGUAAGGUUCGUCCUCGAUUGAAAUGCAAAACGAAUUGCUUUUGUCGAUUUCGUCCUUUUGCUCCGCAACUUCUUCUGGAUCCUCGAACACCGCUUCAUCAACGAAGUUUGUGGCGAAGGCAGGUAACUUCGUCGUUUUGCAUUUGUUUCUCCAGUCAAGUUCGUACCAGCUUCGUGAGUACCACCGAGCGUAUUAGUCGACCAAACGACCAAACUGGUUCUGCAUCAUCUUCAAAUACUCGACGAUCUUUCCAGCCGCCUCCGACUUGUUCGUCAGCACGUACAGAACGCAAUACCGGCUGUAAUCGUCCACCAUCGUCAUCAGGAAAUGAUUCCCUCGCGGUGCCGCAAUCCAAGUGGCCCACACAAGUUGGUAUGGACGAGAUCUCAAUGGUGAAAGUGGACGCGGACUUGCUUGGAAACGGUGCACGACACAUUUUUCCCUCGUUGCAUACUCCGCAAUCAGCUUUCACAUCACACUCCUGAAAAUUCAGGCCGGUUUCGAGACCCUAAGAAACCUAAGACAACAAUGCCACACAUGAAGGCAAUUCGGAAACCUAAACACAGAACAUGCAGGAAAUAAUGAAAUAUUUCGAAUGCUUAUAACUCGAACAUUCCUCAGUGGAUCGAAAAGAUGUUUGCAUCAAUUGAUAGAAAAUAUUUCCACGCACCUAUCACAAUCGAUAAAAUGUUAUUUUUCAUGAGAUAAACAAUUGAGCAACUGUGAAAUGUCAAGCGUUAUCUAAACGCCCUAAAUCUGCCACGUUUUGAUUGGUCUACGGUUUCCCCAACACCCCAAUCAAUAUACCUAGUGCAAGUGGGGAGGGGGAAUUUUUUUCCCAUCGAAGUAUGUUCCCUAACACAGCCAUGAAAGCCAAAGUGCCUGGGGAAAUUGGCAUUGCAAAUACAUGCAAGUUGGAGGACCUUUCGUUCCCAUCGAAGUAUGUUCCCUAACACAGUCAUCAAAAUAAAUGUGCCUAGGAAAAUCCGCUUGGAAGAUACAUGUAAGUUGGGAGAAAUUUGACGUGGGACUACGUUUAACCGGAAUAUUAGGGGGGUAAACAAGAAACCUAAACACUGAACAUGCCAGAAAUAAUGAAGUAUUGCGAAUGCUUAUAACUCGAACAUGUAUUAACCCUUUGUGGUCGGAAUUAUGUUUGCAUGAAAAAGCAUUGAUGUAUAAUUUUGUGAGAUUGUAUGCAGAAUAUGUAUAACUUGUGAUAUUAUGAAAGAUGAACAAGAUUGUUUUAUUUUUGUAAAAUUUUAUUCUUAUGUAAACUUCAGAUAAGUAUUUACUAAACAAUGUGUUUUAAUAAGUUGUUUUCAUAUAAAACAUAUAUCCUAUAAUUCGUAUGAUAUCUUUCGAAACAGUCCCUAAAGUGCAGUUCAGGUGUUCGAAUGUAUCACAAAAACAAUUAGUUUGGCGUCUUCUGAAUUUUAUCUUUCUGAUUGAACAUACAUAAUUUGAAUUUUUCCAUUAAGCCUUUCCUGAAACAUGGACAUUUUUCGUUUAUACAGGAUACCGUUAUGUAUUAUCCAUAGGAGCACCGUUAGGAUUCGUGAACAGAUUCAAUAGACAUUAAAAUUCAUUUAAAAAAAGUGUGAACUCAUAUAUAGUUGCAUAAAGUACAAUAUUAGUAUACUUCCUUGCUGUGGUGGCUGAGAGCAGACAAACGACCGCAAAGGGUUAAUAGAUCGGAAGGAUGUUUGCAUCAAUUGAUACAAAACAUCAUUUCUACGCAUCUAUGACAAUUAAUAAAAUGUUAUUUUUCAUGAGAUAAGCAAUUGAAUAACUAUAAAAUGUCAUGCGCUAUCUAAACGCCCUAACUGUCCCGUUUUGAUUAGCCCGAUCUACGGUUUCCCCAACACAGACUUCAAAAUCAAUGUACCUAGUGCAAGUGGGGAGGGGAAUUUUUGUUCCCAUCGAAGUAUGUUCCCUAACACAGCCAUCAAAAUUAAUGUGCCUGGGGAAAUACGCUUGGAAGACACAUGUAAGUUGGGAGAAAUUUGACGUGGAACUGCGUUUAACCGGAAUAUUUGGGGGGUAAAAAAUGAACAUAAACACUGAACAUGCAAGAACUAAUGAAGUAUUGCUAAUGCUCAAAACUCGAACAUUUCCUAACCUUUUGCGGUCGGAAUUAUGUUUACUUGAAAAAGCAGUGAUGUAUAAUUUUAUGAGAUUGUAUGCAGAAUAUGUAUAACUUGUGAUAUUAUGAAAGAUGAACAAGAUUUGUUUAUUUUUAUGUAAACUUCAGAUAAGUAUUUACCGAACAAUGUGUUUUAAUGUGUUGUUUUCAUAUAAAAAAUAUAUGCUACAAUUCGUAUGAUAUCUUUCGAAACAGUCCCUAAAGUGCAGUUCAGGUGUUCGAAUGUAUCACAAAAACAAUUAGUUUGGCGUCUUCUGAAUUUUAUCUUUCUGAUUGAACAUACAGAACAAUGCUCUUUGCCGCAAUAGAUGGAUUUUUCCAUCAAGCCUUUCCUGAAACAUGGACAUGGGUUUAUACUGAGUACCGUUAUGUAUUAUUCAUAGGAGCACCGUUAGGAUUCGUGAACAGAUUCAGUAGACAUUAAAAUUCAUUUAAAAAAAGUGUGAACUCAUAUAUAGUUGCAUUAAGUACAAUAUUAGUAUACUUCCUUGCUCUGGUGGCUGAGAGCAGACAAACGACCGCAAAGGGUUAAUAGAUCGGAAGGAUAUUUGCAUCAAUUGAUAGAAAACAUCAUUUCUACGCAUCUAUUACAAUUAAUAAAAUGUUAUUUUUCAUGAGAUAAGCAAUUGAAUAACUAUAAAAUGUCAAGCGCUAUCUGAACGUCCUAACUGUCCCGUUUUGAUUGGCCCGAUCUACGGUUUCCCCAACACAGCCAUCAAAACCAAGGUAUCUGGGAAAAUUGGCAUUGCAAAUACAUGCAAGCUGGGCAAACUUUUGCUCCCACCUAAAAACCUAACACAACCAUCAAAACCUUACAUUACAUGGCGUUUGUUAAAAUUCUUCACUUAUACUGCAAAUAAGAUGAAUUCAAUUGAAUUCAAAAAUUGUUUCAUUCAAUCAAUAAUUUGACAAAUACAAACAAACGAUUAUAAAACCAACCGUAGUUCCACGUCAACUUUGCGGUUAUAUCAUAGAUAUAAUACACCCAAGUUGUUGUCCAGUGAACGGAAUCUGUUCGAAUCAACUCCUACCGCAGCGAUCUUGUUCCCAUCAGCAUUUCUUCUACGGCUUCUUUUGAUUCACUUGUGCCUUCAGCACUUUUUCUCCGUCAACACCGCAACUGCUGCUUCCACCGGAUUUCUCCAACCGCUCCCUCCAUUCAUCGAACAGCUUCCCUUUCACGAACUUCAACGUCAGCUCAGUCUCGGGACGUUCAGGCUUAACAGGAUGAUGACAACCAACAAAUAUCUUUCCAUGUUCGACUUUCGGUUGGCCAGUGGCGUGAUAUUGAUGUCCAAUAAAGUAUUGAGCAACCGGUCUCCAGUCGCCUCGAACACCGACGGCCCGUGAAUAUUCCUGUACACCGCAUAACCAUCAGGUGCGGGGUCUACUUCGGAGUCUACGCCCUCUUCCUGCCUCUCUGCUGAAAAUAGUUUUGCGGUUCUUUCAUCCGACAUUAGCCACAUGUCCAGCCCACUGUAACCUGCCACGUUGUAUUGCCUUCACGAUAUCAAUCCAUAAAAAGCAACCGGGAGAGUCAGCGUUCUAUACAACGCUAGUUUCGUGCGAGUUUGCAGACUACGAGACUUCAGCUGGCUACGUAAUCCAUAAAAAGUUCUGCUAGCAGCUACAAUUCCUCUUUUGACUUCACGGCUCACGUUACGAAAGCGACUAAGGUCUCACCCGCUAUUCGUACGCAUGAUUUAGAUCCCUCAAGCGUCAUUCGGAUCAACUUUAUUAGUUUCGUCGGAAAGUCGUGUUCUAGCAUUAGUUUUUCAAAGUUCGUUUCUCUUGAUUGCAUCGAUCGCAUCUGUUCGUGGAUUUCAACCACGAACAGAUGAUGAGUCUGCAGUUUGUACUCCCGGAAUUUAUCUAGGACCUGUCACAAGGUAAUCAUUUGAUCCGUCUUGGAGCCUCCCUCUUGAAAACCAACUUGGUAUUCGCCGACAAACAAUGCUACAAUCAAGUCGAUGGCCCUUUUUGUAGAUGGGGCAAAUGAGACCUUCCGACUAGUCGUCUGGCAUUUGUUUAUCCGCCCAGAUUCUUAAAUAUCAUCCGGUAAAUCGCAUCGUGGAACCGCUCGCUUCCUGCUUCUAAAAUUUCUGCCGCUCUUCUCAGAGGCCUUGUAAUUUUUUAGCUCAUUGAUCGCCUUUUUAACCUCGUCCUGUGUUAGUGGUUCCACAGCAUGUUCGUCGCUCACAAUCCUGAUUCGCUCCUCUUCUACCUCGCCAUCGAACAAUGUCUGAAAGUUGUCUUUCCACCUGGCUUCAACCGUCGACUUGUCAAUAAGCAGGUUGCCAUCCUUGUCGUUAAACUGGUUCGAUUAUUUGGUAACAAAGGAAUGACAAAGCACAAAAGAAGGAUUGCAUCAUACGACAUUCCCGAAGGUACAUAGUUUGUUUUUCUCUUCUUAGCCUAAGUUGAGACCUGAGGUACGAGGUGCGCACGGAUGCAGCCGACCUAUGAUGAAUUUUCCAACAGGAACUUCUUUAGGAGAGACAAAUUACAAUUGACAAAAAUGUCAUAACGUGGUCAACUAAAAGAUUUGUACAAACAUUUUCAAGGAUACCAUCCCAACAGAAGACUUACAACACUCACUCUUGACUGCAAAUCGCUGUGUAGUGUCUAAAAGAUGCUGUUUUGAAUACAUUAAAAUCUGUGAUUUUUCCCAACUAGAAAGUUUACGUCAACCAUCCACAAUCAUUUUUGUUUCGAUCAAUACGUUUCGUAUGUUUCCUGUUCCAUUCAAUUUAAGAGAUGUUAGUUAUUGAUCAAAUUGACAAUUAUCCCCGACUGUCAUUUGAAAUUGAGAUUUUAUGUUUUUGCAAUUUGUUUUUUUUUCUUCGCAAAACAUCGUGAGAACCCGUUGACGUUUAGAACCCAUCCGAAACCAUUGAUACAUCUUCCAAUAACCGAAGCGCUACAUAACAUAAACACAAAUACUACGAAUAGGUUUUCCAGGCAUUUUAUUAUACCUAAAACGCUAAAAGUAUUACCAUACGACAAUACAAGUAAAUACUAGUUCUUUUAUUCUUAAACUUUUCAAACUACUUAUCAAAACCAUAUUCUUAUAUGGCUACUGCAAACGGAUGCUCUUGCCGAGAAAAAGAAAAUAGAAAUACUAUCCAGUAGAAUAAGACGCGACGCGUCAUUCUUACUGGCAAAGAAAUAAAAGGUUUUAAAAUUCCAACAAAAUGACAAUGCACAAGAUUUUUUAAAAAGUGGAAGAACCUAAAAUACAAAU